UGACUGAUUGGGCUUGCAGCAGCUGCGGUCAGGUUUAUAUAUCAUACUCCCUCCCGUUCCAGCGCCUCCGUCUGGUGGAAUCCCCGGGGAGCGACUCAUCAUACGCCUUUUUGUCAUCCUUCGCCUUCCGGAAUCGGACUCGUCGCUUGAUAACCCUGCCUGCGAGGGUGACAUUCUGACUGACCACUGCCACCGGCUCUGCCAUAUAUAGCAGGUGCACGCAGUCAUACACUUCUUACCGUCGACGCACUACUACUGUCCGCUGCCCACCGGCGACCUUACUUAUACCUGGUAACCGCCGAUUGCUCCAUCAGCAACGAUUCCAACCUUCAGACACACAUUACCGACAUGUCGUCUUAUUUCUCCAGCCAGUGCUCGACGCCAUCGAUGUCGCCAACGCGUGGAAUGUCCAUCGCUUCAACCGCCUCUUCGGCGUCGUGUUCAGCGACAUCAACAACACAUCGCAACAGCUCGUCAUCGGGAACAACAUCGACAGCUGCACCAGCAUCAACAUCAACAUCAUCAACCACACCAACAGCGACAACAACGAAUCUCGCUGACCCAUAUUCCUCAUGUACUGGUUACGCGUCGAGAAGACUGACAGAUCGACCAAACGCCUACAUCAGCGAUGCGGACCUCUUUGGCAACGAUGAUGAAUACUACUUGAGCGAGCCUCCACCACCUCCACGACAAGCCCAAGCGUGGCUCGCAAGACCUCUUUUGCCUCCGGUCGUUGCCAUCAAGCCACGGAGUUGCAGAACCACCGAGUCGAAGAAGAAGCGUCGCAGUAGCUCCGAGAUCAGCAAGAAGGAGUGAUCGACUUGUGAUCUGGAACAUGCAGUGGUGUUCAACAACCGAGGACGAAUGAUCAACGAACUGGCAUCACCGUCCACCAGCAUGUGAUGGGGGAGCUGCGACACCAGGAGUGUGACCCACUCAUUUUGACACGUGAUGCUCAGGCCACAGACCAGACGCUCGGUCGGGCUUGGCGAGAGCGUGAAUCCGAUGAGUCGUGUUUGUUGCAGCCUCACUCAUGUAUGGGACAAGUACACGCAGUGACAACUCAUCAUUAUUGUCACGCGAGAGCCGCCGGCACAUGGUCCGGACAGCGGUGCUGAGACAGCUGGCGUGGCCAGGCUCUCAUGGAAGCGCGAUGGAAACAGUGAAAAGGGAGGGAGGGAGAGAGGGUGUACCGAAUGAGAGCGCCUGGAACGCUCAAUAAUUCAACAAUGAGAUAUGCAAGUACACGUCGAGUGUGCCAGAUGACGAAGCACCAGGAGUGAUGAAUGACGGGAGGACUUUAAUGUGCCAAGCCAGGCGCUAAACGGCAUUUUGUAUUGGUUUUUUAGGCGACGAUACCCAUAUAGCGACAGUGAUGGAUUUAAC